ACGUUUUAAAAGAAACUAUUAUAGAACAAUCGAUCUCAAGGUAGUCUCGCAAUUCUGAUGAAACCACAUAAUAAUUUACAAGUUCGAAGUUCGAAUAACGCUGUAUUAUUCCUAGCUCUUAUAGCUGAAAACCAUUGUGUAUCUUAUUUUAUUUAACACCAAACUAUAUCUUCAAAAAUCUUCAUUAGAUAUAAUCACCAAAUUCUAUGAACUAGUUAUUCUAAUUCUAUUAAAUAAAUGUGCAAUAAACGAUUCCUAGUUUCAUCAAAUUCUAAUUGCAAUUACUAUACCUAUCAACGCAUGCGCAAGAACUUCUGAACAUGUUACGAUCUGGUAAAUUUUUCAGAUAUUAUUUAUAUUAUUAAUCAUUAGUUUAUAUAAAUAUAAUUUCUAUAUGUUUCUAAUACAUACUAUUGCAUGAUGAUACCAACUAGAAAUUCUGUAGUCUCAACAAAAUAUCCUGACUUCUAAAUCUUGUCCUUGACACUAAUCAUUUUUUAAAAAAUAUAAACCUCAUGCAAUCAAGUGAUUAUACAAUUUUGAGAGAAAAUAUGAUCAGUCAUUAUAAAAACAGGGACAGUAUCGUUACUCGCUGAAGUAAUUAAGUUCGAUUUAAAUUAGCAUCGCGCGCACAGAAACGUUUUACUAUUAUAUAUAGGAAAUGACCGCAGCGCCGAAUACAAGCAUCAGCAGACCUCCAGGUAUAGAGUUUGCAAUUGGUGCAUUAGCAGCGGUAGGAGCUGGAUUUUUUACGAACCCAAUUGAUGUGAUAAAAGUACGAUUACAAUUACAAGGAGAGCUAGAAGCAAGAAACACAUACAAAAAAAUAUAUAAAAACACCUUACAUGCGGGUUAUUUAAUUGCAAAACACGAGGGUAUAACUGCUUUACAAGCCGGUAUCGUACCGGCCCUAUAUUUUCAAGUCGUACUCAAUGGAAUACGGUUAGGCAUCUACAAUACAGCAAAAAAGUACGACCUAAUCACUAAUGAUAAAGGGGAUACUGAUAUUUUAAAGACUGUUGUACUAACUGGAACUUCUGGCUCUGUUGGAGCUGUUCUUGGUAGUCCGUUCUAUAUGGUAAAAACACAAUUACAAGCGCAAUCAGCACAAACCAUAGCCGUUGGUUAUCAGCAUAAUUAUUUAGGAACCUGGUGUGCAUUCAAAUCUCUCUGGAAAGAAGGUGGGAUAGUGGCUUUGUAUCGCGGCUGGUAUGCGAAUAUACCGCGUGUUUUUGUAGGAUCCGCAACGCAGUUAACUACCUUCGGUUUAGCUGCGGAUUGGUUACGCUCAUUACAAGUGUUUACAGAUCAACCAAUAUUUCUGACUUUUCUGGCUUCCGUAAUCGGUGGAAGUUGUGUAGCUCUCACUAUGCAACCAUUUGAUGUCUUAGCAACAAGGCUCUACAAUCAACAGACGGACGUAAGCGGAAAAGGUACGUUGUAUAACGGACUAUUGGACGCGAUCAUUAAAAUAUUACGAACAGAAGGACUCUCUGGUUUAUAUAAAGGAAUUUUUCCAACGUGGAUGAGAAUAGCACCGCACACAGUGCUUUGUUUAGUAUUUUAUGAAAAAUUAGACCAAUUAUAUAACAUAUUACAAAAUUAACAAUUGCUUAAAUUUGUAAAAUACGUAGCAAAGAAUUUUAUAAUUUUUGAACUAUUGUAUUAAGUAUGCUAUAGAAUGAAAAAAUAAAAUUUCUUACAUGGGCAGUGAAAUGCUUUAUACUUGAGUAACAAUUACAUAUCUAAAAACAUUGGUUCGUUUACCGGAAACUUAGCGUCAAUGUAAUCUGACUGUAAUUUUCGUUAACAAAUGUAAAAUCUAACAAUUUAUCUUUUCAUGUGUUCGAAAAUAAUUAAAUGAUGUAAUUAUAUUAAUAAAUCGAAUAUUUCAAAA